UCCACAAAAACCAAUUCGACCAGGAUAAAGAACCCGCAUAGAAACCAGCUAAUAAGGCUGAUGGGGCUUUCUCUCGUAAUAUUGUAAUUUAUUUUUAACUUAUUUAUUUACGUUGCGGGGACAACGCAAAAUGAUGCAUGAAAUUCAGUUGUGUCGAAUUCGUCGGUCAUGAAGCAGGAACAAAAUGACCCCAGUUCUAAAUGCCGCAUUGUGAGCACUGCUUUUGCACACUGUCCCAGCUAAAACAAAGAAAUGAACCAAUAACCUCUUCGUGUGCACCUGCUUGCUUACUGUCCCUUCAACAUGGGUCCUAUGCGUAGACACGAAUGGGCUUGUCCCCGCUUCACUCUUAGAGCUUGCCGUACUCUGAUUCUAUUGAAUGAUAGAAUACAAGUCACUCAACCAAACCACUUGCAAUAUUUGCAUAAGAACACUAGUAUAAAUUUAUUAAUUAUAGAUGGUGCGAUGCAACUUCAAUGAGAAUGAAGUGAGAAACUACAAUGGCAGUCGGUUACACUUACCCACUCUUUAACUUAACUUAGCACAUUAUAAGAAGUCACGCAACUGUUAUACACCCGACUGGGGCACAUGAUUAUCAGCUAGGCAUGCGCGAUUCAAGCGGAUUUCUAAUCAGUAUUUUCCAGGGUCGCUCGGUUCUCGAGUGCUGGUCAAGGGGAAUGAAGAAUUUGGGUUCCAGGUUGAAGUGACCCUUUGUUAUAGAAAGUCACUUUUUAAUUCAUGUUUCAUUUCUUUGUAGCCGAGAUUAUUUACAGAUUACCAAUGAGAAGAAUCGGGUGUUUGGCAGAUACUGUGGCCACAUGGCUGGAAAGACAGUUUUUGCAUCUGGACAAUACGCCUUGAUAGAAUUCCACUCAGACAGCAAAAGUCAAAACAGAGGAUUUCUGAUGAGUUUUUCAGCUGUUGUGCCACCCUCUGUGCCAGAACCUGUCGCCUUCUACCCUUUGAAUGCUCGCUAUGAAGCCGCAGAAAAAGAGAACAGGCAGCCAAAGGGAAUCAUGAGAGAUGUUGCGAUUACAAACGGACCCUACAACGAACCAGGCGGAGCGUACAUGUUUUAUGGCACUAAUAGCAGCUACAUCGAGUUUCCGAAUAGAGGGGGCCUGGACACUCGGUUCUCAAUCACACUAAUGUGCUGGGUUGAACCCGGAGGCCAAGAUGGAUCACUAAUCACAUACGGAGGUUCUGAAUUGGGAGUCCAGAUGCGGAUUGUUGACGGCAAACUUUAUAAUCAAAUCGUCAAGCAAAGAAAUUCUCAACUACUUCCUAAUAUAACAGCUGCUGAGGUUCUUCCAGCAGGAAAGUGGGUUCAUGUUGCAGCAAGUUACGAUCACAACACCGGAAAUAACUCGCUGUAUAUCAAUGGACAUUGCAGUGUCUCGAAAAACAUUGGUAAAGGUUAUGAGAUUAAAACCAUCCCGAAUGUUCGGAUGGGGUAUAGUACUUUAAAAGGGAAAAUCGCAGAGAUGAAGGUUUACGAUGUCGCACUGAACGAGGCACAGAUACAAACGUCGAUAAGACAAGUUCCACCAAUGGUAACAUUCCCAGCUGCUCUGUUAGUAAUAGAAGGAGGCAUGCUGUCAUGUUCAGCCAGAGGAACUCCUCCCAUAUACACAGCACUGAUAGGGAACUCUACAGUACUGGUAAAUACAACAAACACUGCAACCAUCCGUUUGUACAAGGAUGGAAACUACACUUGCCAGGCCAUCAACCAGUAUGGAACUGAUGUGAAAGAACUCCAAGUCAAUUUCACAACGUUUGGCCCAGAGAUCGGCUUUCUGAUCAGUGAAGGAUAUCCUGUCAGCUACCCAAGGUAUGCGGACAAUGUACAUACAUAUCCUAUUCCAGAAGGCUGGUCGAUGAACAUUUACUUUCAGGAUUUUGAUGUGGAAGAAAGUCCAUUUUGCAGCAAAGACUUUUUGAGAAUUACCGACGGGAUGGGGAAAAGACAACGUUACUGUGGUAACAAGACUGGUCAAAAUCUUCGCGUGACUGGAGACCAAGUGGAAGUAAUAUUUCAUUCAGACGGAGAGAUUGAGCGAGGAGGAUAUCUACUAAAUUUCACUCUGGUUUCGUUGCCCUCGGUUUCAAGCGGGUGUGGUCCAGUGAUUAAUAACACACUCAAAAGUCCCGGAUAUCCUAAUGAUUACCCAAGUAAUACAGAUUGUGUUUCUUCGGUUCCUAUUCCACAAGGCAUGGUGAUUAAUAUUACCAUUAACCAACUUUACCUGGAGGAUGGUACAUCUUGCAACCGAGAUUAUUUACAGAUUACCAAUGAGAUGAAGCGGGUGUUUGGCAAGUACUGUGGUCACAUGACUGGAAAGACAGUACUUGUAUCGGGAAAAUACGCCUUGAUAAAAUUCCACUCAAACAGGAGAAUUCAAAACAGAGGAUUUCUGAUCAGUUUCACACCCUCUGUGCCAAUACCUGUCGCCUUCUACCCCUUGAAUGCUCGCCAUAAAGCCACAGAAAAAGAGUACAGGCAGCCAAAUGGAACCCUGGGAGAUGUUGCGAUUACAAACGGACCCUACAACGAACCAGGCGGAGCGUACAUGUUUUAUGGCACUGUUAGCAGCUACAUUAAGUUUCCGAAUAAUGGGGGCCUGGACACUCAGUUCUCAAUCACACUGAUGUGCUGGGUACAACGCACAGGCCAAGAUGGACCACUAUUCAGCUACGGAGAUUGGGGAGUCCUAAUGUGGAUUGUGGACGGCAAAUUCUUGAAUCAAAUUGUAGAAAAAUCUUCCAAAACACUGACUAGCAUAAAAACUGCUGAGGUUCUUCCAGCAGGAAAGUGGGUUCAUGUUGCAGCAAGUUACGAUCACAACACCGGAAAUAACUCGCUGUAUAUCAAUGGACAUUUCAGUAUCUCGCAAAACAUUGGCAAAGGUUAUGAGAUUGCAACUGACCCCCGCACAGUUCGAAUGGGUUUUAGAGAUUGCAAAAGCACGACAUAUUUCAAAGGGAAAAUCGCAGAAAUGAAGGUUUACGAUGUUGCACUGAACAAGACACAGAUACAGACAUCGAUAAGACAAGUUCCACCAAUGGUAACAUUCCCAGCUGCUCUGCUAGCAAUACAAGGAGGCAUGCUGUCAUGUUCAGCCACAGGAACUCCUCCCAUAUACACAGCACUGAUACGGAACUCUACAGUACUGGUGAAUACAACAAACACUGCAACCAUCCGUCUGGACAAGGAUGGAGACUACACCUGCCAGGCCAUCAACCAGUAUGGAACUGACGUGAAAGAACUCCAAGUCAAUUUCACAACGUUUGGCCCAGAGAUCGGCUUUCUGAUCAGUGAAGGAUAUCCUGUCAGCUACCCAAGGUAUGCGGACAAUGUACAUACAUAUCCUAUUCCAGAAGGCUGGUCGAUGAACAUUUACUUUCAGGAUUUUGAUGUGGAAGAAAGUCCAAAUUGCGGCAAAGACGUUUUGAGAAUUACUGACGGGAUGGGUACAAGACAACGUUACUGUGGUAGCAAGACCGGUCAAAAUCUUCAGGUGACUGGAGACCAAGUGGAAAUACUAUUCCACUCAGACGGAGCGAUUGAGCGAAGAGGAUAUCUGCUAAAUUUCACUCUGGUUUCAUUACCCUCGGUUUCAAGCGGGCCUACGAAGAGGAAUUCUGGUCAACCAACACAAGAAACCGCGAUCUUCAAUGAGAGGAUGAUUUACAUCGUAUCUGGUAUCACGUUCAUUCUGUUGUUGGUGCUAUGUUUUAUUCUUGGUUUCUGGUGCUACAGACGGUCUCAUCACACACGAAUCAAAAGAUCAGCUCGUUCAGCUCGCAAAAUUAUCCCACUAGACAAGUGGGAACUUCUUCCCGAGCAAAUAGAAUAUCAGGAAGAGCUGGGCCGAGGAGCGUUUGGUGUGGUUUACAAAGCAACUCUAAAGAGACGAGUUGGAAUAGAAGUAUCAGCUCGUUCAGCUCGCAAAAUUAUCCCACUAGACAAGUGGGAACUUCUUCCCGAGCAAAUAGAAUAUCAGGAAGAGCUGGGCCGAGGAGCGUUUGGUGUGGUUUACAAAGCAACUCUAAAGAGACGAGUUGGAAUAGAAGUGUUUGAGACUGGAAAGACACUGAAGCCCGAGGCACCAUGCCAGGUGGUUGCAGUCAAAGAACUGCAAGAUGAUCCGAGCAAAGAACAAAAAGAAGAGUUCUUGCAGGAGAUAGAGCAGAUGAAGCUGUUGGGUGCACACCAGAAUAUUGUAUCCCUGGUUGGUUGUUGCACUUUGCAGGAGCACAAGUUCCUGGUGAUAGAGUACGUUCCGUUUGGUGAUCUGUUGCAGUGGUUGCGAUGCAGGAGACGAUCGAUCAAUCGAAACCAAGGCACUGAUGGUAACGAGGAGAAGAAAUUUUAUGAAGAAAAGGACAUAUUCAGUGCUCUAAAAGAAGUGAGCGAAUGUGAACAAGGAGAACAAGACCUUCAGGAUGAAAAUCGGGCCUUGGCAAUUCUUGGUGGUUUACAAGUUAACAAAGAAAUCGCCAUGUCCUCUGGACAGCUUUCUCAGGAAAAAAGCAACGAUUUACUUCCUCAGGAAAACAUCGUAUUGAUCCCGAUACCAUCGAUAUCAAAAGAAAACAGCAACGCUGUCGCCAUAUUGAUAUCAAGUGAAAGUAUUGAUGAUGACGAAAACGAAGACGACUUCCUGGAUCAGGAAGGAAUGGAACUGCUGCCGAUGCCAUGGACAUCACAGGAAAACAGCAACCCAAAAAUAGAACUGCUGCCGAUACCAUCGACGUCAAAGGGAAGCAGCAACGCUUCCGCCAUAUUGAAAUCAAGUGAAAGUGAUGAUGAUGACGACAACGAAGAAGACGACUUCCUGGAUCAGGAAGGAAUGGAACUGCUGCCGAUUCCAUCGACAUCACAGGGAAACAGGAACGCUGCCGCCAUAUUUAUAUCGACUGAAAAUAUUGAUGAUGAUGACGACGAAGAAGAAGACAGCUUUACUACUCAAAAGCUGUUUUCCUUUGCUUGGCAAAUAGCAAAGGGAAUGAAUCAUCUCGCAGAGAAAGGCUUCAUUCAUCGUGACCUUGCAGCUCGUAAUAUUCUGAUCAAUCGAAACCAAGGCACUGAUGUUAACGAAGAGAAGAAAUGUUAUGAAGAGAAGGAAGUAUUCAAUGCUCAAAAAGAAGUGAGCGAAUGUGACCAAGUAGGUGCCUUACAUUAA